AUGUCCAUCAGUGUGAAUCUGAGGAGGAUCUCCAACCUGCCGGGACGAUGUGACAGAAAGGUGGAACUCUCCUUCAGAGGUUUCACCCAUAAAACCAGAGUCCUGCAGUGUGAGAACUUGGCUAUCUUCAACGAGCAUUUCCGUUGGCCUCACUAUGGUAAAGUGAUCAGAGAUGAAGUUUUGUCCGUCAGUGUUUACAACCACAGUAAAGUCUUCUCCAACAGACUGCUCGGUAGGCUGGUUGUCAGUCUCCAGCAUGUUGUUACUGCAGGGAAGCUGUUGCUACGGGAACCGCUUACUGAUGCCAACUACAGCCUGACUGAUAUCUACAUCGAGUUGGAUAUUCGGUAUCAUCCAGUCGAGGGAGCAGCAGGAAGUUGGGACGGACUCGACUUCCUGAAAGUCGAAGACGAGGAUGAAUCAGUUCUGGUCAUCAGGAAUGAUGGAUUUACUGACCCUGAAAGUCAGCUGACUGUCACUCGCCCAGGUCAGCUGGACAGAGAGGCUCGGCUUCUGGGGCGAAGCCUGGUCAGGACUGGGGACGAAGACGACGACGACGAUGAUUAUGAUGAUGACCUGAUGGACCUGGAGACUUCCAACAUCAUCUUCACUCCUUUGCUGAGUCGUUGCAGGCCAAUGGCCAGAAGUGCUGCUGCUGCGGUGCCCAGAGUCCAGAGCUUCCAGGUGAGUGUGAACAUCCACGAGGCUCAGAAGCUCAUUGGGGUGAACAUCAACCCCGCAGUUUUCAUCAGGGUGGGAAAUCAGAAAAAAAAGACAGCGACACAGAAAUCCACCAACUGCCCCUUCUACAAUGAGAACUUCCAGUUUGAGUUUCAGGAGAACCCACAGGUCCUCUUUGAUAAAGUCAUCGAGAUGAAGGUGUUCCACAGGCGGACUCUGGCCUUCCUGAUGACCCACAUCGGAACCUUUAAGAUUGACCUAUCCACCGUGUACAACCAGCCAGACCACCGCUUCUACCAGAAGUGGGCUCCUCUCACCGACCCAGCAGACACCAGGUCAGGGAUCAAAGGUUACGUCAAGGCCAGUCUCAGUAUGCUGAUGAAGGGAGAGGCUCUGAACAUAAGUCUGCCACCAUCGUCCUCGAGCGGAGCCAGCGAGGACAUAGAGAAGAACCUGCUGCUUCCUCGUGGGAUGCCCUCUGAGCGUCCGUGGGCUCGAUUUCGCGUCCGGAUCUACAAGGCCGAGGGUCUGCCCACCAUGGAGUCAGGGCUGCUGGCUAAGAUGUCAAAGGCCACUGAACGGACAGUCUUCAUUGAUCCCUACGUACAAGUGACCUUUGCUGGACAACAGGGGGAGACAUCAGUUGCCAGCGCCACCAGCUGUCCAGUUUGGAACGAGGAGAUUUCCUUCAUUGAGCAGUUUCCUCCUCUGGCUCAGCGAAUCAGAGUCCAGAUCCUCGAUGAUGCCAAGAUGGGAGACAUCGCCCUGGCAACGCACUUCCUGGACCUUCAGCAGAUUUCUGAUCCCACCAGGAACGGGUUUAACCCUACCUUUGGUCCAUCUUGGGUUAACCUGUACGGUUCCCCUCAGAACUCCACCCUUGGUGACGUCCACCAGGCUUUAAACGAGGGUCUGGGUGAAGGAAUCUUCUACCGCGGUCGAAUCCUCCUCGGCCUCAGUGUGGAGGUUUACUCCUCCCCCACUGCCGUUACCGCGGAUACAGGCUCAGCUGCCAUGGGAAAGGUGAAAGGAGCGCUGGGGAAGCUGAAGCUGCCGAAGAAGAGGAGCAGCAAGAAGAUGAAUAAGAAGGAAGCGUCUCCAGCUGCCGGCGGAGCCGACGACUCAGGAGAUGCGGGAGUUGAGGUACCGGAGGCCGUUACAGUGGAGGUGGAGGAGACUCAUCCUCUCCCUGAGGGUUUCCUGGGAGAGAUGGAGGACUUCCUGUUGUUUGCAUCUCUGUUUGAAGUCACUAUGAUAGACCCGUCUGUAGGAACCAAACCGUUGACCUUUGAACUCUCCUUAGGGAAUUAUGGGAAGGCUGUUGAGGUUGGGAGAUCCAAGAAGAGCCAGAGCAAGGAGGAGCUGCGGAGGAGCAGAGAGGAGCUGAGGAGGAGCAGGGAGGAUCUUAAUGAGGAGGUGCAGGGCCUGCUGGAGUCAGAGGAGGAGCUGGACAGAGAGGAGGUGCUGAGUCCCGAGCCGGAGAACAGAUCUUUGUCCGCCGCCAUGAGACCAGAGCCCACCGAGUACGACAGGUCGUUCCAGUGUCUUCCUCUCCAGCCUCCCUCUAUAAAGCAGAAGCCUUGUCUUUAUAUCUGGUGUCAGUUUGAGGAUCACAUCUUUCGUCUCUAUCAGGCCAACUGGCUCAACAAGAUGGCCGACAGGCUGGAGAUCGGUCUGGAUGAGGUGGAGCGUCUCCUGAGGAGGCCGAGGAGUAAAGCUAAGGAGCGUUUGGUGGAGGUGCUGCUGGAGCUGGUGGCCUCCUGCAAACAGUUCAAUUUUUACGCAGACAGGAGGUCUCAGUCUCGUCCCAACAACCUGGACAGAUGCAGGAAGGAGUUCAUCAAGAAGAAUCUGGUCUUGCUGGCCAGGCAGGCGGUGAGGGCUCGACGUAGACUCACCAGGCGAAUAGUCAAACAGCGUUUAAUGGACGCCAGGAAACUCCUGAAGAAACUCCGCCGACUGGCUAAAGAGCCCCAGACCACCAUCCCAGAUGUAUUUCUGUGGUUGCUGACGGGAAGAAAGCGAUUGGCUUAUGUCAGGAUCCCCACCUACUCCAUCAUCUUCUCACUGGUGGAGGAGCAGAGGGGGCGGGACUGUGGCCGAGUCACCACCCUCUACAUGAAGUCUCCAGGAGGUUCUGCCAGCGAGAUCUUUACGAAACUGGAGGUCUACCUGUGGUUCGGUCUGUCCAAGUACAGCAAAGAUGCCAUCACCUGCCUGCCAGAGGAGUUUAUGCCAGUUUAUGAAGAGGAGGUAGAAGAGCAGAGGAGACUCGCCCAACAGGGGAGGAGGAAGCUUCCUGUCAGUCUGUCCUGUCAGGACAGCAGGUACUUCCAGCUACGAUGUCACCUGUACCAGGGGCGUGGCCUGUUGGCUGCUGACAGUGACGGCCUAUCAGAUCCCUUCGCCAAGGUCCUCUUCUCUACGCAGUGCCAGGUCACCAAGGUGCAGGUCGACACUCUCUCUCCAGCCUGGUGUGAGACUUUGUUGUUCAACAGAGUUCUGCUGGAGGGAACGAAGGAGGAGCUUCAGCAAGACCCGCCCCUAAUCAUCAUCAGCAUCUACGACUAUGAUUCCAUGGGAGGAGUAAAGCUCCUGGGUCGAGCCUUUGCUGAGCCGGAGUUUAAAAUCGUAGAGCAGCACUACAAGAAGCCGCCCCUCCGUUUCUAUGACAUCAACCUGGGGAGAGCGGCCGCCGGCGAGCUGCUGGCCGCCUUUGAGCUCAUCGAGCUGGACUACUCUGGGUUUGGAGAGCCGCGUCUCCCCAGCAGUGUGGACCCUCAGGAGCUGACUUACUUGGAGGAGCAGAAAUAUUACAUCAUUCCAGAAGGAGUCCGACCCGUUCUGAAGACCUUCAGGAUUGAGGUGCUGUACUGGGGUCUCCGGGAGCUGAAGCGGGUGGAGCUGUUUGAGGUGACGCGGCCCCUGGUGAAGAUGGAGUGUGCGGGACGACUGCUGGAGUCCGAAGAGAUCGAGAACUUCAAGGCUCACCCCAACUUCAAAGAGCUGGUCUGCCACAUCGACGUGAAACUACCAGAGCAGGCCUACCUCCACCCUCCUCUGACGUUAUUCGUGGUGGAGCAUCGGGCAUUCGGUCGACUCGCUCUGGUCGGGUCUUAUGUGGUUCAGAGCCUCAUGGAUUUCGCCCCACGUGGCGGGGAGCCAGACGACGAGGAGGAGGAGCCAAAACCAAAGGUGAAGAUGAACAUGACGCCGGUCACUGCUCUGACAUCAGUGAAGAAAAUUGGACUCAGCGGUCUGUCAAUUAAACAGUCAAAGAUUCCCUUCAACCCCAUGAAGCUGUUAAAUGCUCCUCUAAAGAAGCUGAUGAAGGGCGGCGAGGAGCUGGAGGAGGAGCUGCCUGAGAAGGAUGAACUGGACUGGUGGUCCAAAUACUACGCCUCACUGGAGGAGAUGGAGAGACAGGCUGCCGAGGAGAUGGAAGCAGAGGAACAAGCAGAGACAGAUGGAGGGAACCUGUCCAUGGCAAACAUCGAUGAUGAGGAGGAGGAUGUUGUGGUGGUGGAGAUGGAGCCUCCCAAACGCAAGAAGAUUGCCACACUAAAGCUGUAUGCAGGUGACCUGGAGUCAGAGUUCAGUCAGUUUCAGGACUGGCUGAAGAUCUUCCCGCUGUACAAAGGCAAAGCAUGUGGUGAGGAUGACGAGGAGGAUGAUGAGGAGAGGCUGAUGGGAAAAUACAAGGGCUCCUUCCUGGUGUAUCCGAUUGAUUCAGGAGAUGAAGAGGAGACUGACGUACAGUGUCAGAUCACUAAUGGAAUUCCCAAAAAUUCAGCCAUCAAAGUCUUGGUCCGGGUCUACAUCAUCAAGGCCACUAAUCUGACUCCAACAGACCCGAACGGGAAAGCCGACCCAUACCUGGUACUCCGAGUUGGACAGCAGAGUCAGGACACCAAAGAUCGAUACAUCCCGAAACAGCUCAACCCCACGUUUGGAGAGGUGUUUGAAUUCACAGUGUCCUUCCCGCUCGAGACAGAUUUGGUUGUCAGAGUCAUGGACCAUGAUCUUGUGGGGUCUGAUGAUGUCAUAGGAGAGACGCAUGUUGACCUGGAGAACCGGUUCUACAGCCGCCACAGAGCCUCCUGUGGACUGGCUCUGUACUAUGACACUGACGGAUACAAUGCGUGGCGCGAUGCGAAGAAGCCGUCGGCCAUCUUGGCUGAGCUCUGCAGGAAGAACGGCAUCCCGUCCCCAGAGUACAGAGCAAGUGUGGUCAAAGUCCUCAACAAAAUCUACAAGAUCCCGCCUGACGCCAUACCUGAAGCUCUGCUGAAGAAGAACCAGCUUUCUCCAGAGGAGCAGGCGGAGAUGGAGGAACAUGAGGCCCUGAGCGUGCUGCGCCGCUGGGGGGAGAUGAACGAGUUCCUCCCUGGAGCUCUUUCUCUGGUCCCAGAACACGUGGAGAUCCGGUCCCUGCAGAGCCAGGACAAUCCUGGGCUGCCACAGGGUUACCUUCACAUGUGGGUGGACAUGUUUCCCACGGAUGUCCCGGCUCCGCCCCCUGUUGACAUCAAGCCCCGCCUACCUGAACAGUACGAGCUGCGUGUGAUCAUCUGGAACACUGACGACGUGUUUCUGGAAGAUGUCAACCCGUUCACCGGUGACCUGUCCUCAGACAUCUACGUUAAAGGCUGGAUAAAGGGGCUGGAAGGACAGAAACAGGAGACUGACGUCCACUUCAACUCUCUGACUGGAGAAGGAAACUUCAACUGGAGAUUUGUGUUCCGCUUCGAUUACCUUCCUACUGAGAAAGAGGUGGUGUACAAGAAGAAGGAGUCGUUUUUCUCUCUGGAGGCGUCGGAGUUUCGACAGCCGGCUGUUCUGACGCUGCAGGUUUGGGACUACGACCGCAUCGGUGCUAACGACUUCCUGGGCUCCAUAGAGUUACGUCUCAGCGACAUGGUGCGAGGAGCGAAGACGUCCAGCAAGUGUACGAUCGAGAUGGCGAAGGAUCGGGCCAGCCCUCGACUCUCCAUCUUCCUGGCCAAGAAGAUGAAGGGCUGGUGGCCACUGACCCGUUUGAAGACGGCCAAGGACUUUGAGAGGGAGGAGAAGGAGAAAGAGGAGGCCAAGAAGAAGGGAAAGAAGAAGAAAAAGAGGAAGGACAAGAGGAGCAAGAUGAAACCCGAGGAAAUCCAGUACACCGACAGCACCGGCAACACUUUCCUGCUCAUGGGAAAGGUGGAGGCGGAGCUUCAGCUGGUGACAUUAGAACAGGCGGAGGCCAAUCCUGUGGGAAAAGCCCGCAAAGAGCCGGAGCCUCUGGACAAACCAAAUCGUCCCACCACCAGCUUCACCUGGUUCGUCAACCCAAUGAAGACCUUCAUCUUCCUCAUCUGGAAGAAGUUCAAGAAGUUCAUCAUCGCUGCGCUCAUCCUCGCCGUCCUCGCGGUCUUCCUCUUCCUCAUCCUCUACACUCUGCCUGGGCAAAUCUCCACGCUCAUUAUCCACGGAUGAAGACACCUGCAGGAAGUCUUCGUUGCCUCGUCCUGGACGUCACAGACCGUCUGGAGUUUUAUUUAACCUGAUUUCUGUGGAACUAAUCAGUAAAACUCACGAUUUAACAUGUUUACACUGACUGAACCACAUUACCCAGAAUCCUCAUGAUUAUAAACACAACCUGGGUCAUGGAGGAAUAAUCAGGGAUUCAUCCGUCACUAGAGGAAAUUACUGGACACAUAUUACUGAAGAUCUCAGUCACAUAUUUAUGUUGUGUAAAUUAAAGAUGGUUUGAGUCGGAUAGAUUUGUGAUAAAUCAGCACAUUUCUGAAACAAAAGCUUUAACUUUGUUGUAUACAAGCGUAGGUUUGUUGAGUAAACAUAUUUGUGUUCGCAAAUUUUUAUUUUCAAAUAAAAUGCACUCAUGUUUUUGUUUGAUUUUGCACUGACUCAGAACUGAUUCAAAGACAUGUUUAUUAAAUUCGACUUUUAAAGGUUAGAGGAGUGAAAGAAAAAGUCAGACUUCACGUCGUCUUCAGUCUGAGGAACAGGAAGCGAGAAAUAGUUUGUUUACGGACGCUCGCUCUGAUUGUUUCCUCUCAGACUCUGAUGAUGUUCGAAUGUUGCCUCAGAGACUAGACGGGAAAUGAUGAUAGAAAAUGAGU